UGUGCUGUGUCCUUCGGACACAGCGGAUCACCGAUCAUGGAAAGAGCCGAAGACGUCAGCUCAAUCAUGGGACAUGUACACUGAUCAUCAGUGCCCUGAUGAUCAGUGUGCCCUGAUGAUCAGUGUAGCCCCAGCAGUGCCACCUGUCAGUGUCCAUCAGUGCCUUAUGUCAGUGCUCAUCAGUGCCUCGUGCCAGUGCCCAUCAGUGCCACAUAUCAGUGCCUACCAGUGCACAUCAAUGCCACAUAUCAGUGCCCAUCUGAGCUGCCUUUCAGUGUCACCCAUCAGUGCCAGUCAGUGCCACCUAUCAAUGCCAAUCAGUGCCACCUAUCAGUGCUGCCAAUCCGUGCCACCUAUCAGUGCCGCCUAUCAGUGCCAGUCAGUGCUGCCUAUCAGUGUGCAUCAGUGCCACCUAUCAGUGUCAGUCAGU